AUGGGAGCAGAAACACCAGCAUCGCCAGCACUUGACACUUCGUCUGCGGUGGCGCCGGAGACGGCGGCAAGGGCGGAGGCAGGGGCUGAAGAGGCAGACUUUGUUCCUGGGAAUCUUUUGAGCCUAUCGACAACGAAUUUCCCAGACACAUUCUUCAUGAACCCAUUCGCCGUCUCCUUUCCGGGAGAUAUUCCGUGCUAUCCGGAAGUCUCAAUGACUGACUCUAGCACGGCGACGACACCCUCAAUGACGUGGUCUGCGAUACCCAAGACCGCUCCUCCGUGCCCUACUCAGGACGCUUCGGCAGUUGAAGCUACCACUUGUACACGAUCGCUAGUGAAUACUCCAGCAUCAUUGCCGACGUCUAGCCAGAACAGACCUUUAGCUGCAGACGCCCCGAGGACUAGCGCGACGCCGGUCUAUGGUUCGUCGCUGUUAUUGUUGUCGUCAUCGCCGUCUUCUUCAACUACUAAGGUGAUAAAGACGACGUCCAACCCUCCAGCGGUUCAAGGCCGUCAGAUCCACUUUGUCGAUAUGGCGGAUAAGAAAGGUGCACAGCGGAUUCGCAAUACCAUGAAUUCAAGAAAGCAUCGGCAAAACAAGCUUGACAAGAUUAGGGAGCUGGAAAAGAAACUUGCCGGUCUUGAGGAGGAGAAGGGAAAGUGGCGGGAACGAGCUGAGGGAUUGGGAUGGAAGCAGGCUUGA